AUGGAGACCAUUCUCGGGAAGGUUGGUGAAGCGUCAAAUGAAGGGGACCAGUUGCCUGACUCAUCGGGUUUUCCGCAGUCUUCGGUCACCCAAAACGGCGAAGAGUCGCAGCUGGAGACCGCUGAGAAUUUCGCGGUCAACGGUCCGGACAAAGCUAACGAAACGACCGGCUCCGACGAUACAGUCUCAACGGUGGUGAUCUGCAGUAGUGGCGCACAUCUGCCACCGACUUGCUCUCGUUGUAUAAGGCUAAUGUUCUACUCUAAGGAUGCAGAGGAAAACGGGACCCCCUUCUUGGAAUCCGUCGCCGACAUCGACAAAGUUCCUGUAUCGAAGUCGGACGCCGAGAUACUGCUAAACAAUCAACCAAGCGUACGCCUUGCUCAGAAAUAUUUGUUGAUAUUGCUUCAUGCGCACGCCUGUCGCCACAUGGAGUCCACGCCACACGGCAAACGGUACAGGAAUUGCAAAGUACCCUACUGCAAAGCCACAAAGAGCGUCGUCGACCACAUGAUGGACUGUAAGGCCUCGGUGACCUGCAACUUUCCACGGUGUUUUAUAUCGUGGCAAAUUAUACGUCACUAUAACUGGUGCCGGACGGACACUUGCCAAAUUUGCAGGCCGUUUGGAAAAAAACCUAAAACGUGUAGCGCCAAACACAAAAAA